AUGUUUUUUAUAUUAAAAUAUAUAAAAUUAAUUUUAUGUAUUAUAUUAUUUUAUUCAUAUACUUUAUCUAUUAAUAUUACACUUUCACCUAAAGAAUUACGUUGUUUUACUUCAUAUGCUUCUAAAGGUGAUAAAAUCAUAGGAUCAGUUGGUGUAGUACCUACAGAUUCAAUGAUAGAAGUAAAUUUAUAUAGAGUUGAGAAUAAUUUAAUACAUAAUAAAAGAGAUAAUCCUAUACCAUCUUUAGAUUUUUCUAAUCUUAAUUUUAAUGUAUUGGAGAAUAGUUUUUAUUCAUUAUGUGUAACAAAUCAUCAUUCGGAUUAUGUAACAUUUGUUAUAUCAUUUCGUGUUGAAACUAUUUCUAAUAAAGGAAUGUCUUCACUUUCUACUGUUGAAGAUCUUAAAGGAGUUAUUACAUAUGCUGAAAGAUUAUUAACAUCUACACGUGAAAUAAUGGAAAGAAUGGAAGCAUAUAGUACUAGAGAAUAUUUAUUAUCGAAAAUAAUAAAUAAAAUGAAUUCACGUAUUAUUACUUGGUCAAUUAUUCAAAUGAUUGUUGUUGUUGGUCUUUGUUGUUAUCAAAUCUAUCAUAUUUCUUCUUUCUUUGAAGUUAAAUCUUUUGUUUAA